AUGGGCCAGGAGGACCUGGCGCUGCCUUCGCUGCGUGCCAGGUUCCGCCAUGGCUGCGCGCUGGCGGCCAUCCUAGUGCUCGCGGCAGCGGCUGCGCCGAGCGUGGCUGAUGGGUCGUCGUGCGACCUGUUCCAGGGGAGGUGGGUCGCCGACGCGUCCUACCCUCUGUACGACGCGGCCAGCUGCCCCUUCGUGCCCGACGUCUUCGACUGCCGCCGCAACGGCCGCCCGGACGCCGCCUACCUCAAGUUCCGGUGGAGCCCCGCCGCCUGCCGCCUCCCAAGGUUCGACGGGCUGGAAUUCCUGGAGACGUGGCGCGGGAAGACGGUGAUGUUCGUGGGGGACUCGCUGAGCAUGAACCAAUGGGUCUCCCUCGCCUGCAUGCUCCACGCCGCCGCGCCGGAUCCCGCCCGCGUCUCCUUCAGCACCGGCGACCCCGUCUCCUCCGUCCGCUUCGAGGACUACGACCUGUCGGUGGUGCUCUACUUCAGCAGGUUCCUGGUGGACGUGGUGCAGGAGGACGUCGGCCGCGUCCUCAAGCUCGACUCCAUGCAGGGCGCGGGCUCCUGGCUCGGCGCCCACCUGCUCGUCUUCAACACGUGGCACUGGUGGACCUACAAGGGCGCCAGCCAAGUGUACGUACCCACCACUCUGCCCAACGUUGUAUUGUAUACCUAUACACGUACACAUACCGCGAAAUAUACGGAUACAAACUCUUUCCUCGACCGUUUCAUGCGCAGGUGGGACUACAUGCAGGAGGGGAACAGAACGUACAACGACAUGGACCGGCUGGCCGCCUUCUCCAAGGGCCUCGCCACAUGGGCAAGGUGGGUCGACGACAACGUCGACGCGUCGCUCACCAGGGUCAUCUACCAAGGCGUCUCCCCAAGCCACUACACGUCCAAGGAGCAGGAGAGCGACGGGGCGGCGCCGGCGUCGGGGGGCUGUUUCCAGCAGACACGGCCGCGGCAGGUGGCCACGGACGGGGACGAGAGGGUGUCCCCGGAGCAGGUGGUCGUGCGGGGCCUGAUCGCGUCCAUGUCGACGCCGGUGUCCCUGCUGGACAUCACCUCGCUCUCGCAGCUCAGGAUCGACGCGCACCCGUCGGUUUACGGCGGGCCUGGCCGGGACGGCAUGGACUGCACGCACUGGUGCAUCGCCGGGCUGCCGGACGCGUGGAACCACAUCCUCAACGCGAUGCUGCUGCAGCACGCAUGA